AACGUAGACCACAUGUUAAGGAGGUGUUUGCAGACCUCAGGACGGGGCUCGUAUUGUCUCGUCAAAAUCAUUUUGUCCGCUUAACUUCCGAAUAACUGAUAGAAAUUUAAGUGAUAUUGGCACCAUCAUGCACGUGUCGGAACUGUCCCCACUCAAGGGGUCAGUAUCGUGGACAGGGAAACCCGUGUCGUACUUCCUGCACAUAAUUGAUCGUACCAAGUUGGAGCGCUAUUUCCAAAGACUUAAGAACCCCAAACUGAGGUCUGCAAAAAAUGGGGACGAGAAACUGGAGGAUGAGACACCCGGUGUGCGCAGAGUCCGGAGGGACCUUAAUAAGGCCUCCAUCAAUUCUGAAACUUCCUCUAACAACUCUUCCGACCAAAACAAGGAUCUUGAUGACCCAGUAAUUGGUCCAACUACUCGACGUGCUUGGAAUGACUGGUGUUCCAGUUCUACUGUUGUAAAUUCAUCCUCCUCUGCUAAGACAACACCAAAAGGCUCGUCUUGUCGAAGCUCAGCAGAUGAGAAUGAUGAAAAUGUCAACAAUGGGGCAACUCGACAUUCAAGCGCUGGAACGAGGAGGAGAAAUACUCAGAGAAGAGCAGCUGCUUCAAAACCAUCUAUUGUGGAUGAUCCUGACCCUCCUGUGGCGACUCGUGGCCCCAGACGGGCUACCCUCAGCAGUAGCAGACGAGGUGGAAAGCGAACACACAGGACUAGUAAAAAGCCUAUCAAGAUAAAUGGUCUGGACCUUCUUCACACACAGACAUUACUCAGCACCACCUCAGAUGCAUAUACUGCAGGGAAGUCGCCUACUUUCAAAGAUCCAGCACCUGGUUGCGUUGACCAGAAGCUGUCUCUCUUCACGCCCUCCACUGUCAGCGGUAUUCUACGCCACGAAGAAUUGCCCAUCCCACCUUCAGACACCCCUUAUGCCCUGGAAGUGUUGCUUGAUGUGUUCCGCCAGCAGUUUCUCAACAUGCUCGACACCAUCAAGAAAUGUGACUACAAGGAUUUUGUGUUGAAACAGAUGGAGGCAGAGAAGGAGAAGAACAAGUCACUCAAGUCUCGGGCAGCCCAGCUUGAGCGUCAAAUUAAAGUUCUUAUUGACGACUCGGUGGCUCUCCUGAGGGCUCGCAUCUCAGAACUGGGCAUGACAGCAGCCAACCCUGAAGACCUGUUAAACAGAGCUAAGGAGAUCGUUUGGCGCCACAAAGAACUUCAGGCGACCGUGUCCUCUCUACAGCAGCAGGUAACAACAGCUGAAGAAGAGCAAGAGAAGAUGGUACGGCUGAGACAACACGAACUCCUUAACAAGUACAGAAGAAAUGGACUCGUUAAUGGGAGCCUAGAUGUGUCUCAUCUAAGUCAAGAGUUCAUCCUACGAGAGAUCUCUCAAACCUUGUCUCAGCGGAAGAAACUUCAUUCUCAAGUGUCUAGGCUGGAGUCUGAAGUCAACAACCUGGAGAGCACGGCCCCAGAUAGUGUCCGCACUGCCACUCCCACUCAACGACCAGAUAAAUCACCGGGUAGACACAAAACCAGACACCGAAGUCGUAAUCAGGAGUGGCCAACCAUACCUGAUGUAGGGAAAAUAGAAGAGAAAAAUCCAGAGAUCUUAGCUCAGAAGAUUCUAGAAACUGGGAGACAAAUAGAAGCUGGUCGAAUUCCGGCAUUACCUGCCGGGACGGAAGUCAGGGUGCACGAGGGGCGUUUGCCCAUCAGCGUGGAGAGCUUGCGUGGGCCUCUCCUUUCAGAACCCAGACAGUCUGACGUGCGAUCCCAGCCUCUGCAAAUAAGCCAAGAACCUGGUCGAGUGGUGGUAGUAGCCCAGAGAUAUGUGUCGGGUAAUACAAUACCUACCAAGGUCGAGUUACCUCAACAAUUAGAGACCAAGUAUCAGCCGCCCCGACCACCUUCCGAGAAGAACCAAAGACCGUUCUCUAUGAUCCGUGCUCAUGAACCUCCCAGAGUGGCAGAUUUUGAAGAUCGUCUCAAGUUAAUAAUUACUAAUGUUCUAAAUGAGGACAAACCUCCAGCACAAGCAGUGCCUCCUAGACCGUCCCCAGUUCCAUCACAAUCGCACUCUCCUUAUCCUUCGCCUGGGACAACCAAUCGCUCUGACUUCAAGAGGGAGAGAAGAGGAGAAAUCCGGGAGUUACGGGAUUUAAGAGAGUCAAAAAUUGGCCAGCCAGAUUAUACACAAGUGUCGCCAGCCAAAUUAGCCCUUAGACGUCACCUCUCUCAGGAAAAACUAGCGCUGGAAUGUUUCCCAAGUGCCCACAAAACUCCGACCAUCACGAGAAAUGUUGGGGAUCUUAUAAGUGGUGAGGUGGAACGCACAUUAGAGAUCUCUUCUCAAUCUAUUAUCAAUGCAGCAGUUGAUAUGACUAUCUCAGGAAAGUCCAUAUCUCCACGCCCUAAUUCCCGAAUAUCAAGAAUAGUGGAGGAAAGUUACGGUAAACCUCACACUCCCGACAGUGGUGACGGGAGACAGCAGUCACCGGCUCUCAGGAUGGUUUACUCCCCAAUAUCUCGCCCUAAUAGUACAGAGAGUCUCCCUCCCACACCACAUACAUCACAGGCAAUGGAAGGGCUAAUGUACCCCAGGGUUAAGUCACCAAGAGGUCCUCAAUACGAGGAGAAGCCACACAUGCCUCCACCGGUGCCGUCACCUGGGAGAGACGGUCUUGAGGCACGACUUGCUUCCAUGUAUGCCAACAAGUGUCCCCCAUCCACCCCACCCAUCUCCCAGGCCACCCCACCUCUAGCUCCUGUAGGAGAUGCUAAUAAAAAUCGUACUGUGCCACUGCCAAGGACUGAGAUAUCACCUGUUCCCCAUCCUUUUACUGAAGCCCGAGGGUUACCAGUUGAUGGUCCUGUUGAGGGUCUUGCAGCAACACUACACGCUCGUUUCAUCAAUAGACCUCAUCUUCAGACAAAGGUGAAAGAGGAGCCAGUAGAGACACGACCCACAGAAGACGAUCGGUUGAAGCGAAAGAUGCGAUCCCCACCUCCAGUAACCAUGGCCAUCCCACCAAAGAAACAGCACUACUCCGAGGGUCCUCCUCCGCCACCUCCGCCCUCUUCCAAUCCUUCAGUCAUGACUCCGCCUCUGUCAAACAUUUCUACGUCCAUGGCGGCGUGUGUUGAGCCGAGCCCGCCAUCUUCAUUGCAGUCGUCGUCAUCCAAUAAACCCUCCAUCAUCGUUAGUCAGCCCACCACCAGUCAGCUUAAGACUGAGCCGUUGGAAAAACACCCUGAUGGGUUGGAGCGAAGUGACUCCCCACUACAAAAGUGGCAAGAUAAAAUUAACAGUGGCUUUGACAAGUUGGUAGCCUUUGCUUCUGAAGUUGACAAACGUCGUAAGUCCACAGAGGGCACAUCCCCACGACAAGAAGGGUUUGCAUCACCCAGAGGUAGUGAGCGCCGACCCCCACCCAUUGCAGAACCCCCACACACCUUAGAACGUGAAGCAUCAACUUUUCGAAGCAGGCAGGAGGAAGAGGAAGUGGUACGGAGUAAUGAUGCUGCUGGUCCCCCUCCAUAUUCCCCUCACUCUCCGCCCAGAUUGUCACCAAGCCCCAUACCAGAUGGCCGACCUCCUACACCACAGUCGCCAAGACCCCCAGUCCGUACACCCCCCAUAUCUUCUCCUCCUCCGACUCCUUCCCCAGAUAGAUGCGGUGGUGAAUCACCUGGUUUUUACCCUCCUCGAGGAGGGGAGACUCCCCCAUAUCUUCCACCAGAAUUGGAGACCACACGUCUAGUGUCACCCAUCACGUCACCCACAGAACAUGGCAUUUACCACCACCAUUUCAAAAAAAAAUUUUACCACAAGGAACAGAUAAGUCCUCUAGAUACAGACCAUCACCACCACCACCACCACAACAAUACACAUCACGGCAAGUUCCGUCCCAAAGGCAAAAAUUGGCAAUGGAGGAAUCGAUCAUCUCAUCACCAGUCAUCUUACCACCACCACAGCAGAAGGUCCCCACCUCCACCACCAUCACAUCAGCUGCCGUACAACAGCGGCACCUCACAUCACCAUCAUCACCACCACCAUCAUCGCCACACUGCUACAUACCCACCAUCAGUGCCGCGCCAUCACCAUAACCACCACCAGCUGGUGACAGCAGCACCACCACCACAGCGAUCACAAGGCCCUCAAGCACAAGGUCCAUACUUCCAUCAUUAAUUUUGACAGAGUUGAGCAAAUGAGCUGUGAUGACCAACACCAGUCGUGUGGAUUUACAAAAUCACACAAUGUUGCAGCAUCAAGUGGAACUGGUUCAAACCACUGAGUCUACUUGCAUCUAUUCAGGUUUUCCAUUUAAAAAAAUUUCCACUUACCUCAUUUUAGAAUUUUCAUUUAUAAAUUAAGUUUUAGCCACAUUGAUAAAAAAUAUGGCAGAAUUGAUUUAUCAAGGGAAGGGAUCUUUGGUGAUAACACUGCUGGAAUGUUCACUGAAAAGAGGUGGAUCAGUGAAGUGUUGAAUGUCAUCUCUUACAUUACAUCAACUUCCACCAUCUGUGUCUGGUUAAUCAUACAAUACUUGUAUUUAUUAUUUUUUUUAGCUAAAUUUAUUAUGAUUACUAAUUUUGUGGAUUGUGUCCUGGGCCUCGAGUAGAGUUUUACAAUAGAAUAUCUGGCAUUCAAGUAUCCAGCAUUGGAGAUAGAAGCCAAAGAAUAAGUAUGUGGUGUUUCAUGCAAGAUCUCUGACCUGCUGGACAAUUAGUUUAUGCAGGAAGCUGUCAGGCUGCUCAACUGGUAGGGAUUUUAUUUCAUUUUACUUUAAACAUUAUUUGAAGGAGAUACCCAAAUGAGAUUGGCUGAUUUAAGCUAAACUAAAUUAUAUCUGGGGAAUUAAACAAGAAAGGUUAUUAAAAUUUUUUUACUAGCUUUUCUCUGCUGGCUCUUCAUUUCUUAAGAUUUUAUAGAUAUAAAUAUUGUUUUAAUCAGGAGUUUGUGCUGGGUAUGAAUUUUUUGCAUCUUUUCAGUGUCUAAAAAAUUAGCACAAUCUUGAGUCAGAUUCAUAUAUGAUACGGAAAUAAAUGUUAAUAUCAGUACUGUGCAGUAUUGCAGAAUCAUCUAGGUGGUUUCAUUUAUAGGUCCUUUGUGGGUCUUGUUUCAUCACCCGAGUGUUCACCCCACUCUGGCCCAGCUGUUACUAAGACUACUGCGGCAUUUCACUCAUUGUCUAUAUCUGUAAUUUUUACUUUACUUGCUCCUCCUUCACCAGGUGUGUUCUUUGAUGGGUCUUCCUCAAAACUUGAAGGGAUAUAACAGAGAACUUUCAGGGCAGCGGAACUGUUCGAUUGUAAAUACACUCGUCAUGGAAUGAUUUCGGGGAGACUAAAGUCACUAGCACAUGUUAUUCCAAGAUGGGAAACUAUUUCACAGACUCAACUUUGUGAUCAUAUUGUGGCAUUUUCAGACAGUGACCAGUUACAGUAUAAGUGUGUCAGGACACUUUUUAUUUCCAUAAUGGCAAAAAAUCUGGGUUUCAAUAACAUUGACAACAGAACCAUUUGGAAUAUUUUGUUUAUCUAUGUUAAACAAGAAGCAGGGUAGUCUCAUUUUACAUACAGUAUAUGCAAGAAUCAUGUGUAACAUUUUAUGUUAAAAAGAACCAGGGAUAAACUAUUACUAUCCUUACACUGGCUGAUAUUAGCACAUAAGGACUCUAGUGAGAUGACUGCACUGCCAUUGAAAGCUUAAACAAAUGAACCAUGCACCAUAUUUCCAUUGAUAAAUGUUACAGUCAUUAAGUUUGCUUACUUUAGGUAUCUGAGGUACAUCAUUCUGAUUUAGGUAUAACAUAAAUAUAAAGAAUUUCAUUGAACUCAUUUCAAAGAAGUUUGAAUAUUAAAUAGAUAUUGAACUGCCAACCUCAUAUCUUCCUAGAUUUUAAUAGAUAUAAUAAUAGAGGGACCAAUGGAAAAGCAAUGUUUUUAAAGUAACUUGGAUAUUGAAAUCAGUAGAUUAUAGAUGUAUUUGCACUGGAUCCAUAUAGCAUUUCCUUUGUCUGUAAGAAAUAAUGGGGUGGCUUGGAGCUAGUGUGGCACCAGUGUAAUAGCUGCAGCUGCAAGUGUGAUGCUUGUAAGUCAAGUCUUACUGCACUACUUUUAGAUACAAGAUUUUUUUAACCAAAGCUUUAUUGUACUAUUUUAAUAGAUUUUUAAGUACUGUACCUGUAUAUAAGAAUAACAGGUUAUCACGUCAGUUGUUAUUAUUGUUAAACAGCAUGGUGAGUUAAUGGCAAUUUGUUGUUAUUAGUUCUCCAGCAAAAUAUACUUGUAGAGGUGAGCAUCAGAGUAAGAAGUAACUAGACAACUAUAAUUCUAAUACAGUAUGGGACAAAACCAGUAGAUUAUUAGUUGAAGAAUUAGAAGAAAAAUUAACUUCUAGUGCUCAUUUUGUCAGUGGAAUGUUAUCAAUGAAAGUAAAUUUUGUUGAUGCAAAUAAUAUUCCAUUUAAUGAAUGUUGGUUAGCCAAGAAAUUUUUUAAAAUUCUGCUACUUCAGACAAACAAACCUCAAAUGUUAGUUCUAAAGUGCAUCACAACCUGACAAAGCAACAUUUUGUUAAUUGCCAUAUUUACUUUAAUAUUUACAAAUUAUUUUAUAUUUUCAUCUCAAUUUUAGAUUGACUCAAAAUUGUAUGUUCUUAAUGGUAAUUUUUAACCUUACAUAGAUAAAAGAUUUUUACAUUGGAUGAUCAGAUAUGUAUGUGGUGCUGUGGUUCAUUUAAAAUCUUUCAGGAUUUAUUUAAAUAUGCUCAAUUCUAUUUAUAUACUAUUUAUUUAGUUUCUGUUUUACCUCAGUGUAUGAUUUGAUCAGCGUGUGAUAAUAUUAAUGCAGGAAACAUUUGUAAUGGAGGAGCACAGCUGGUGGUGAGUGUUGCUGCUCCUGCCAUCUCUUGUUGAAGUCACUAGCUCGUGGUACACAAUAUUGUUGAUAUGUUUGUUGGCCUUAGCUUCUCCAUCAGUUAAAUCACUCAACUUUUAUGCAAGUCUGCCAAGUUUUGUUUUUAUCAGGUCAGUUUUAGAAAUCAAGAAAUCAUCACUACAUAUUUAGAAAUUAUCUGUAAGGAGCUUUUGUCAUUCAUAUAGUCACUUCUGUGGUUGGUUGGUGUUGAUGCAAUGAGCCAAUUAUUUUGUUAUGUGAAUAUGAGAGUGCUAAGGGAGGGGCUACUUAGUGAAUUUCCCAACAUGUGUAGACAUUUGUUUUUAUCUUUUUUAAAUAGUGUAUAUGCUUCACAACUCCAUUUUGAUAGGGCAAGAGGGCAUUUCUCAAAACAAAUUAAAUAGCUUUAUGUGUGUAAUGCUGUGAUAGUAUCAGGUUACUUUCUUAACAUUUCAUUUAACAUGAGCUUUUAUUGUUUGUUUUUAUCACAGCUUUUUGACUCACACAAAUUCUUUGAUAAUUUAUUUGUAAUUAUAGCUGCUUACCCCAUGCCUUUGGUAGCCUCUGGGUUAGAUAUGAAGAUCACUAGUUUGAGAACCAGUAGAAAUGUCACGAGUGAGGUUCACAAAUUUUUAUUAAUUGAAUAAAGUGAGGAAUGAUAGAGAAUACCUGAAGAAUGAAUGAAUGAAUGAAGUGACUGGUUUUGUAUAAGGUUGAUGUUAAGAUUGAAUGAUAGAUUUUAUGUCCAUACUUAAUGGUCUGGAACAAAUAAAUAACCCUUUGGCUACGGGAGAUUACCCCAAGCUGAAUAAAAUCGUUUGGCGGUAGCCAGAAUAAAAUGGCAAGUGCGGGAAAUGCAGCGAAAGGGUUAAACACCCUACAAGUUUUCCAGAUUGACAUGAUCAACUUAAUUACAUUCUUGAUCUUUGUUUUACCUCUAACCCCUCACACUAUUCAUACUAAAUUUCUGCCACCUUAGGGUCUUCUGAUCACAAUCUUCCAGUAUUUCUAUUCAGGGCGAACUCUGCCUAACACAACGAAAAAAAUAUCGAAAUGCAGAAAAAAAUACUCGAGUCUGGCCUAAGGUCAUCUCCAUGCUUUGUGAAAGUUUGGUUGUCAUAUGGCAAUUUUUCCCCAUCAAAAUAAUAUAUUUAUAUAACCCAAUAUUGAACCCCCCAGCCCUGCAAAAAUCUGUUUUCUAAUUGCUGUAGUUUUAUCAUUAUUAUGUAUCUAAUGUGCUAUUUUUUUUUUUUUUUUUUUUCUUUUCCCCAAUACAACUAUCUAGACUGAAUGGCAACGUCUCCAACUUGGCUAGUUAGCAAUGAGGAAAAGCAGUGUCUUUGCGACUGUCAGAGGGAGUUGACCUGCGCGCCUCUGCUCGAGAGCCCCCUGCCUAUCUCUAGCUAUUUUUUUUUUACAAUAUUCCUGUUGCUUUAUUGUACAUGCAUGUCCAAGUGCUCUAAGAAGAUGUCUUUUUGACGGGAGUUGAUGAGGCAUGAACGGGAACAUAAAGAAAGACAAAGAAGAGUACUAUAGAAGGACCAAGCGUCACCACCCUCACCUCUGCAGCACACUAGAUCAUGAUGGCUGCUACCUCGGCGCCACAUGGCAGUUCAAUAAAAUGUAUACCCUAACUACUGCAGAAAAUUAUAAUAAAACAAUAAAACAUGUUUAUACCCUUAGAAAAACUGUACUGUAUUUGCCAUAACAGUGCCAUACUGACAACUAUACGUAAUAGAACCAUACUUCCACAGAAAAUGGGCCGUAUCUCAAAACUAAAGUUAUCUUUUGAAAGAGCACUAUUUGUUUAUUUUUCAGUCGAUAUUAAAAAUGAAGAUUGCUUUAUAAACAGGAACAAAAUGCGAUUUUUUUUUAGUAUUGGCAAAAUUUUUGAUAUUUUCAAAUUUCCCAAUAUUUUUUGCCCCUAUUUAGUGCUUCUUUGCCACAGCAAAGAAAACAGUUAGGUCAAAUGUUGGUAAUUAAUACAAAAUGUAGGUGUGGUCAUUGCAGGGACCAAUUUUCAAACAUAUAUGAUAGAAAAUAAGGACAAAGUGCAAUUAUAGAACGGUAAACUUUUUUGUAAAAUUUCAUACGAUUAUUUUUCCCUUAAAAUAUAUGUGGUCAAGCUUACAGAAUCUCUUAGUUAGGCAACCCAGCAUAACACAAAUUAAAAUAAGGGAAGUCAGACAAAAAUGAAAUUCCCUUAGUCUGUAACAGGUGAUAAACGACCCUUAAGUCAGACUGGGCACGACCACCUCCCCCACCCUCCUCUAAAUGCUAACUAUGGCACUAUCGGAGGGUAAACUAGCAAUCCUUGCAAGAAUUCUUCUCCAACUUUCCCUGGGAUGAAUGUUGUUUUUCCACUCGGGACACCUUGGUAUGUGCUGACAGCACACGAGUACAGUUCAGUAUAAAGUAAGGUGGAAGAUCAGUAUAGAUUAUGUCAGAGGAAAAUGAGAGCAAAGACAACAGUUGCAGAAUCAACAAAUGAAAUGUAUGAUGAAUGAUUGAUUAAAGUACAGGUAUUGGUAGACGAAGGUACAAGAGGAAUGAUCACACCAGGGUUGCUAGGUUUGAGUUUGCACUCAUAACCAGAUUCCUCAAUAUUUAUUACCAUAAUCAGACUUUUCAUUACAAAAUCAAACUUUACCCAGUUAAACAUAUAGACAAAAUAUCGCUCACCUUGCCAUCGAUGGUGACGUGCUGAUCAAUAAUACUGGUCCACAAAUUUGGCAUUUUAUUUACACACUGCAGCCAAUUUCUCAUCACCCCCAUCCACAUCAUAUGUUGCCCAAGAAUUUUUGGAUUAGUAUAUACUAUUUGUGAUUUUCACAUCUACAACAUUUCCCAGUCAUUAACAACGACGUCUGUAUUCUCACGAUGGAUUCCAACAUGCAUCUAUUUUUACUGCGGCAAAGCUUUCAGGUGUUUUACUUUCACUCAAGAUUAUUUUUACAUAACCUCAAAGCAAUUUAAUUUUUUUUAGUGUUUCUCGCAGUGCUCUCGAGGCCUUAGCUAGUGUCUCAUCACCCCAUCCCUUAGUUAUAGCUAUUUUAUAGUGGCUGUUUCUCAUCCAACAUUGGGGCUGGAAAGUCAGUUUUGCUGGGUUCUGGCCCAUGUGGGGGAGAAGGGGACUGAGCAAGCUGAUGCUGUGGCAAAAACAGCUGCUCACCCUGUGGCACAUCAUUCCCCUCUACUUGCUUCUGAUAUGAAGCCAGUAAUAAGAGCUGCCAUCUGUUCGAGUUGGCAAUGUAGGUGAGAUGCUGUUGGAGCAAACAAGCUUUGGGACAUCCACCCUGCUUUGGGUGUCUGGGGAUAUCAGGGACUGUCAUGCCUCUGGGAGACUGCUUUGGCCCGCCUCCGCAUUGGCUACACAUGACUGGCUCAUGGUUUUUUUAUGGAUAGGGUGCCUCCUCCCCAUUGUGAUGACUGCCUGGUCCCAUUGACUGUUUGACACCUGGUGGAGUGCCCGUCUCAGAUAUCUUCGUCUUAAGUAACCUCUCCCAGUGCUGGGGGAAGACGGGUCUUACAGUCUCUCUUUGGUGUUGGGAGGGGGCGCCCUUUCCUUCUUGGAGGAAGCCGGCCUUCUGCACAAGCUUUGAGUUUUAUCUCUUAACGUUUAAAUGUUUUUUACGAGUUUUAUGCUAUUUGUUAUUUAUGUUUUUUUACCUUGCAUUAUUUGAUUUUAGUCUUAAGCUUUCAAUUUAAUUCGGUGACAUGUGACCAUAGCUGUUGCAUCACUAGGUAUGAAAUUACAACACUCAAUCAAUCAAUCUAUUAAUUACAUGUACGAGUUCCAAAAAUGCAGUCGCUAUUUACUCGCUUACAAUGUCUGUAGAUUCUCUUUCAAUUCCUCCUCAAGUGAAAGUGAAAUUACUUUUGGAAUUAACUUGGAACAUUUGUACGAUGAAGUCACAAGUUUUCGAGUGUACUGCCAGCUCCUUUGUAUUUCACAAUCUUACCUAAAUGAUGUACAGCUGCCUCUGGCAAUGGCAACAGACAGCAACUGCAAGCUGUAAUUCCACUUGAAGUCUAUCACUGGGAUCCCGUUCCUUACUGUAACUUUGGAACACGGACACUCUAGUCGAGCUGAUGGAGGAGAUGCAUUGCUUGUGUUCUUUGAAUGUGCAUGAGCUUUCAGUGUUGCUUUCCUUUGUUGCAAACCCUUGGUGCACAGCUUACAAUAUGCUUGCUGUGUUCCAUCUUUAACCUUGAAAACCCGAGGGUAUUCUUUUUCCCACUCAGAAUGGUAAACUCUUCCUGAUUCAUAGAUCUCUUUCCACUUCAACAUAGUGUUUGUGACAACCUUCUCACUGCAGUCAAUCGGCACUAUUUCUCAACUGUCGCUCUAAUUGGGGCGUGGGCCAGAACCGUGCGGCUGUAGUGUGAUGUAAUUUUUUUAUUCUAAUUGAUGAGUGGCUGAAUGUUUUGCAACACAUAACAUCUGGGAGGUGGUUGGCAGCGACAUACAGUAGUUGGCGUCUGGGGGGGGUCGCAUCUCACGUGUUUGAGCAAUUUUCCAUAAGCGAUGUCUCGAUACGUGACAGUACUGAUAAUCUUUCUAUGAUUUGCAUUAAUCAUAUACAGUUAUAGGUAUAGGCAAAACUGUAAUUUAAAUGUCAUUGUCUUUGUUUUGAUCAGAAGUACUGUAAUGUGCUAACUUAAACACUGUCCCAAAAACUAGAACCGCUUAAUCUUCCAGUUCACAUUUUAUAACUAAAUCUUGACAUUGGUUUGCUCUAUAAAGCUAGGAAAAUAAUUAUAAGCAACCCUUACUGUCAUUGAAAUCAUUAGUGCGAUGAGAAAGAAACGGUAACAUAAUUUAGGUAUGUAGACAGAUACUAAUCGGGUUAAGAAAAGAAAUUUACAAACAAAAGCCUGAUAAUACCCACAGAAAGUAAAGUUUGGAGACAUCUUAUGAACCAAAGAUAAGAAAAAGAAAUACUAAAAUUGUUAUAUACUUAUACUAUAAUUAUAUUAAAAAUUUUACUAACAAAACUGAUCAUCACCAAAUUUGGCUGAGUUCUUUACCAAAAUGAGGUAAUAUCAAAUGGAUUUUUCAUUACCAAAUAUGCCCCAAUUUGGUAAUGAAAAAUACCAAAUGGCAACUCGUAUUAAACCACACUUAAGAAAAUUGUAUAUGACAAUGUUAGUGAAUGAGUAUACAAAUUCAUUAGUUGUGAGACAUUCAAGUGUUGUGGUUCAUGUAGAUGCAUUCAUUUUAAGGUACAGUAUAUUGAUUCACAUUACUGCUUAAUAGAGAAGCAGUAGAAGGGAUUAGAUAAAAUUAUUAGUCUCAUUUGUUAGAUUUUCUCACACAGUUGAAGUACCUUACUGCCCCAUCUUAAUGGACUUAGUAUUUUUUUACAAUUACUUUUAUAUAAAAAAUAAUAAAGUUGUUUGUAUACU